UACGUACCGCUGUCGUGUUACAGCGUUGCGUCACUAUAUUAUGGCUGCGUCACGUAGUCUCUUCCAUUGUGACGUCCCACCGUCAUAACCCCGCACCGCCGUGCCGUGCAGUAGCGUCUCGCCGUCGUGUCCGGCCGCAGCCGCACGCAGGCCCGUGGCACAGCCGUCCGAGCGCAGCCGUUUCUCGCGGCCAUGGGGGGGUCGCCACCCGGGCUAAAAGUUGAGGAAGCCAAAGAAGUUCAGAGCCUCAGAAGGCGACCCAAUGGGGUGAGCGCUGUAGCUCUGCUUGUGGGAGAGAAGUUGCAAGAAGAAGCAACACUUGUGGAUGACCCAUUCCAGAUAAAAUCUGGGGGAAUGGUGGACAUGAAGAAGCUGAAAGAAAGAGGCAAGGACAGGAUUAAUGAAGAGGAAGACCUAAACUUGGGAACUUCCUUCUCAGCUGAAACCAACAGGCGGGAUGAAGAUGCUGACAUGAUGAAGUACAUUGAGACUGAGCUGAAGAAGAGAAAGGGAAUUGUGGAGAAUGAGGAGCAGAAGGUGAAGCUUAAGAAUGCUGAGGACUCUCUGUACGAGCUGCCAGAGAACAUCCGUGUCUCCUCUGCCAAGAAGACUGAGGAGAUGCUGUCCAACCAGAUGCUGAGCGGCAUUCCUGAAGUGGACCUCGGAAUUGACGCAAAAAUAAAAAACAUUAUCUCAACUGAAGAGGCCAAGGCCAAGCUGCUGGCAGAGCAGCAGAACAAAAAGAAAGACAGCGAAACGUCCUUUGUUCCCACCAACAUGGCUGUUAACUAUGUCCAGCACAACCGAUUUUAUCAUGAGGAGCUAAAUGCACCAGUGCGAAGGAACAAAGAAGAGCCAAAGCCCCGUCCACUGAGAGUGGGGGAUACGGAGAGGCCAGAACCUGAGCGAUCUCCUCCAAAUCGCAAACGUCCACUCAAUGAAAAAGCAACAGAUGAUUAUCACUAUGAGAAAUUCAAGAAGAUGAAUAGGCGAUACUAAUGAACAUGGACUGAAGUCUUUGCAGUUGUUCUUGUUUUCGACUAAUAAAGGAUUUUGUGUCGGUGACCUGAAACAGAGUUGGGGAGUCACUACCUUCACGUGCUGGUGUUACCUACAAAGCUUUUCUUGUGAUCUUGUGAAUCAGUUUGCGGGUCAUUGUGAACUCUUUGGUCGGUAAAAUCUUGUAUAUAACUUAUUUUCAGUUAUAAAACUUCUUUUAUAAGAACAUGGGCUUUCAUGGUUGGCAUUUUUUAGUGAGAAAACAACUUGGCUUUUACAGAUUUUUUCGCCCUCUUAAAAAUAUGAAAAAAAGAUAAUUUAAAAGCAGCAGUGCUGUUUGCCUUGUAAAUAUAAAGGGAAGGUUUAAAGCUAGUUUGCUUGAAUGUAAAUUUGUAAGAAACUUGUUUGUUCCCAAGGGCCUUUGCUGUGCAGAGUGUGUAAGGCUGAGAUCCUGCAGCAGCGUGUGGAGUGCCGCUGCUCCUCAGCCUGGCUCGGAAGUGCUCUGGGAGGAGCUGUGGUGUUAGCGUUGCCUUCCUCCAGGAGGAACCAUGCUGUUGGCAUUGCCUCGCUGGGUCUGUCCUAAGCACAAGAAACAACAGCAGAUACACAGCGCUGGGGAUUUUAUAUGAUAAACUGUGAUGUUUUGUAUCUUCCCCCCCCCCCGUAGAGUUAUUUCUGUAGCAGUUCACUGCAUUUUAUUUUAGCUGCGAAGAAGAAGAAAAUUGGAUCAAGUUGUAAUUGUUGAAUUGGAGGGAAAUCUGACUUUCAGCUCUUGGGACAGGGUCCGUAUGGCAGCUGGUGAAGAAGCCAGAGGCCCCACAGCCAGUGUCAGCUACGUCUUCACAGGAGAAGUGACAUGAGCGUACUUGAAGCCAAGAGUUGGAACUUGAAAAUAAUAAAGGUGUUUUUAAGUGAUCGUAAA